AUGUCAGCAACCGGUGGCCCAAUGUGGGUAUGGCGUCCCAACAAAAUCAUCGAGAGUGAGCCUCAAUCUGAAGAUUAUCGCUGUUGUUGUGGCGGCUUCAGUACUGAGAGAUGCUUCACCGUUGUCAUCCUUCUCAAUCUCGUCAGUCUUGGCGUUCUCUUCAUCGAUCUCUUCAUUGGAAAUAACAAAGCGGCACCGGGAAAUUGGGUUGAUGUUUUUCUCCAAGUGCUUGUUGUCGUUUUGGCCGUUUUAGCCAUUAACACAAAGCGGCCCUUCUAUAUGCAAAUCUUCUGGAUUUUUCAGCUAAUCAACCGUGUCUUCACCAUCAUUCUCCACAUUCUUGUCAUGAUCGCCCUUGCUCUUCUUUAUUCAAAAAUGCCUGAAACAGAAGAAAAGAAACAUGAUAAGGAACAUAUUUUGCAUAUUCUGAUCGCCUACUCGCUGUUCUUCUUCUGUUUCGCUCUCCCAGUGUCGAUUUGGAUGAUCACUUUUGUUUAUUCUUACUAUUGCUAUAUCAGAGAUCUCCAACUUUGGAACGAGCAGCAAGACGAUCGUGCUCCACUCACUGUU